GCGAGGUGUGUAAGAGGCGCACUGCGCAGUCCAUUUCUUUAUAGAUCCAUGAUCAUAAUGGCCGCCACAGACACAAUUUCAUCGGCAUCGGCAUUGUAAAUGGUCGUCCACUAACUAGUAUAAACCUGUGGUUACGAGUCAAUUAAUAUUGAUAACAUUUUCAUAAACAACAACACCGUAGCUGAUCAGAAUGCCGGAUAUCAUUUUCUCGAUAUUGUAUAAUUCUUCUAUACUAUUGUUAUUUUUUUUUGCUUGUGAUUUCGAUUGGAGAAAUUUUAAAUUUCUUGACGACACACCGGUCGAUGAUAAUUCUGAAUAAUAUUAAUAAGUUUGUAAACAAGAAGUACAUUUUUUAACGUUUCUACAUGAUUGUAUAAUGGAAUAUGUAUACAAUUUACCAUUUCAAGUCUUAGAAGUACCUAAUUUGCGUUUGAAACGACCGUCAUGGUUAAAAAAACCGUCGGCUAUGUUCAUGUACGCAAUAGUUACAAUAUCUUAUUUUUUAGUUACUGGAGGAAUCAUCUACGAUGUGAUUAUUGAACCGCCUAGUGUUGGUUCUACAACUGAUGAAAAAGGUCAUUCCAAGCCAGUCGCUUUUAUGCCGUAUCGUGUCAACGGACAGUAUAUCAUGGAAGGAUUGGCCUCCAGUUUCCUUUUUAAUAUUGGAGGUUUAGGAUUCGUUAUUUUGGACCUAACCAAUAAUAAGUCAACGCCCAGAUUAAAUAAGACUUUACUGACUGCGGUUGGAUUUGCGUGCAUCAUAGUAUCUUUUUUUACAUGCUGGACAUUCAUGAGAAUGAAAUUGCCUGGCUAUUUGAAAUCAUAAAUUCAUCAUCAAGUGUAUAAAUAUACUAAGUCAUACACACGUAUCAAAACAAUAUUGAACAAUACAAAUACUAUGAGCUAGCUUUAAUCCUAAUUAUAAAACAA